CAUGGAGGGCGGCGGAGGCGCCUACGGGGCGGCCAAGGCCGGCGGUGCCUUCGACUUGGUGCGCUUCGUGCAGCAGCCGCAGGUGGUGGCGCGGAUCGUCAGCGCGGUCUUCGCCCUGAUCGUGUUCGCCUGCCUGGUCGGGGACGGCUACACGAACCUGUCCGAGGACCCGGCGCUCUACUGCAUCUUCAACCACAACGAAGACGCCUGUCGCUACGGCAUCGGCAUCGGCGUCCUCGCCUUCCUCGCCUGCAUCUUCUUCUUCAUGGUGGACGUCUAUUUCCCCCAGAUCAGCAACGCUACGGACCGCAAGUACCUGGUCCUGGCCGACCUCGGCUUCUCAGGUCUCUGGACCUUCCUGUGGUUCAUCGGCUUCUGUUUCUUGACCAACCAGUGGUCCUGGACACGGGCCGAGGAUGUGUUCCUUGGAGCAGACUCUGCCCGCGCUGCCAUCACCUUCAGCUUCUUCUCCAUCUUCUCCUGGGCGCUCCUGCUCACCUUCGCUUACAAGAGGUACAAAAUGGGGGUGGAGGACUUUGCUCAAAGCUACGCCGACCCCAGCCCGGGGGUUCCGGCUCCGUACUCCAGCUAUCCCAACAUCAGCCACGAGAGCUACCAGCAGCCGCCCUUCACGCACACGGCGGAGGCCCCGGAGGGCUACCAGCCUCCCCCGGUGUACUGAGCCCGGCUGGCUCCCGUGGGACGGCUGAACGCCUGCACUGGAGCUGCUGGUGCUUGGAUGGUGUGCCUUGGGCUCUGUGGGAGUGGUGAGCACUGAGAUCCUCAGCAGGGCCGUGGCUGAGGACAUCCUGGAGCACUUUCUUUCCCUGGUGUGCCUGCCCGAGCGCUGCUGCGAGCCCGAGCUCCUGCAGCCUGCCCGCAGCUCCUGCCUGCACUCCAGCCACACCAGGAGCCCACGGGCAUUUCUCAGGUUGUGUUUGCUGCUGUGCUGUGGUAAAGCUGUUCCCAGCAGCCGUGUGUGUGGGCCAUCCCUGCUGGGGCCAGCGUUUGAGUAGUUGUCACUGUAGGUUGGAAUAAACUUUUUC